ACACCACGAGAGAGAAAGAGAAAUGGAGAGAAUAGCGAGAGAGUGAGCUCAGUACAGCGAGCCCAGUACAGCGAGCCCUUAGCGUCAGAAACCGUACAAGAGACCGUCAGCAGCUAGCAACGAGUAGAAGGCAGCCAGCGACCAAGAUGCACGCAGACUGCACUAGAGCCGAGCUAGCUCCUAAAUUACAGUGAGGGUACACGCCCACUCUUAUCCGCAUGCCUGCUGCGUCUCCGUACCAGACCGCAUGGGAAUGGGAGUGGAACUACAGAUUAGGAGGCGGAGCUGCACGUGCACGAAGAGUGGAAAAGAUGUCAAGCCGACGACGAGUCCAGUUGUUUUACGACGUUCUCUCUCCCUACAGCUGGGUGGCCUUCGAGGUAUUAUGUCGCUACCAGAACAAGUGGAAGAUCAGCCUCGAGCUGCGCCCUUUCUUCCUCAGCGGCAUCAUGCAAGGAGCAGACAACAGGCCACCAGGUGUGGUGCCUGCAAAGGCUCGAUACAUGGGGAAAUACUUGAGGAGACUGGCAGAGUAUUUUAGAAUUCCUCUCCAGACACCAAGUAAUGUCAGCGAAGUAUUGUUCGUGAAGGGGUCGCUUUCUGCAAUGCGGUUGCUAACAGCAACCAAAGUGACUUCGCAGGAGCAUGUGGAGGUGUUGUCACGGCAACUGUGGAAGAGAAUCUGGGGCAUGGACCAGGAUAUAUCGGAGGAGCGGAGUCUGAGGGAAGCCUGCAAAGCAUCAGGGAUCGAUCAGGAGAUGACGGACAAUCUGAUUGGUCAGAUUGUCCAGCCGGAGGUGAAGGAAGAGCUGAAGAGGUCCACACAAGAGGCUCUGGAUCUGGGGGCAUUCGGAGCUCCGUUCAUAGUGGUUCAUGUUGAUGGGAAGCCAGAGCGGUUCUUUGGGGGUGACAGAUUUGAGCUUAUUGCACACAUUCUCGGUGAAAAGUGGGAGGGACCACUAUUAGACUAUGCAGCCAAGAUUUAACGUUUCAUUAUGCUGAUGUAUUUCAGCGACAGUUUCGUAAAUUAUUUUUUUACAAAAUUGAAGAUAGCGAAGUGAAAGUGAAAAAUGUUUCAGAGUUCCUCAUGUGGUUGAUGAUCGUGAGGGAAACCCCCUCCCCCUUCCUCUUCUUCCUCCUCCCACUCAUCACCAAGCUC